AGCAUAUUCUGUCAUUCUAAUUACUAUGAUCGAAGUUCGUUUUUAAAUCGAAUUUUAGGAUAUAAAAGUUAGCGUUUCCCGGAGUAUGAGUCAACGCAAUUAACUCUUGUUUUACUAAAAAAAGUAAAAUGACUUGUUUUCACGUUUUAAUUACAAAAAAGUUCGUCUUAAGAUAUAAUGUUAGUAUAACUGUGGGUUAAAUGGAAUUUUAAUUAAAAAAAUACAGGUAUCAAUAAUAAUGGAAUGGACUAAUUAUGGCUUUGGGUGUAUGUAAAGCAUUAUUUGACUUUGUUGCUGAAAGAGAAAGUGAUUUGUCUUUACAUAUAGGAGAUAUUGUUUUUGUAUCAAAAAAGAUUAAUAAUGAUUGGUAUGAAGGUUUUUCCAAUAAUAAAUAUGGUCAUUUUCCAUCUUGUUAUGUUGAAAUGAUAUUUAACUCAACUCCUGAAAAAGUCGGAGUUGUUAUAAGCAAUUUUAAAGGGGAUCAAAAAGACCAUCUUCCUCUUACUAAAGGUGAUGUUAUUGGAAUAACAGGUGUUAUUGAUGAAAACUGGAGUUCGGGAUAUUCAAAUUCUGAAAAAGGAAUUUUUCCUACAAAUUUUCUUAAAGAAUUAACUAUACCAAAUAGUGCGAUUUUACCUCAAACAGAUUUUAUAAACAACAAAAUUUCAGGUUCAAAUGAUAAUCUUGAUGAAUUUGAAAAAAAGAAACUCGAAAGAAGUACAAGUUAUUUAAAAACAAAAAUUAAACCUAAUAUUUUGCCUAAACCAAAGUUAAAAAAGGAAAAGAACUUAAUUCAGAAUGAUUAUCAAUUUGAGUUAACAGAUGAGAAAAUAUUUGACAUAUGUGACAGUGUCAAAAAAGGACCUGUAGUAAAAAGAAAAGCUCCACCACAACCAAUUAUUACGAAUGUCAGUUCUACAACUCCUAAUGAAUCUUCUAUUGUACAAUCUAAUCAGAUUAAUAAAGAAGUUAUAAAUAGGAAGAUGAAUCAACAGAAAUCCCCUAUUAAUAUUAAAAACAGCCCAAGUAUCUAUAGCCAUAGCGAUAUGCAAACAUUACCAAUAAACUCUCUUAAUAAUAACUCUUCAGCAAGUAGAUCUAACUUAAUGACAGUUUCUUUCACAAAAGAAAAACAGUUAGAAUUUUCAAAUGGUUUAUCUGGUUAUGAAAGUGAUUCACAUUUGUUAAAAGAUUCAAAAAAAAAUACUAAUAAAAUAUCCUUUGAUAAAAGUGUUUGCGCUUAUUCACAAUGGAGAUCACCUAAUGAAAAACAAGAUGAUCAGUGUUUUGUGCAAACAAUAAAUUCUACUGAAAAGUUAAAUGCAAACAUGCAGAGGCAUGAUUUAUAUCAAAUUGAUACAGAAAUUGCACAACUUAAAAGCAAGCUUGAGUUUGAAUCUCAUCAACUUGCUGGUGUGGAAACUUUACUUGGUGUUGUUUCAGAAGAAAACAGAAAAGAUUUAUAUGCAAAGCAGGAACAUCACGAAUCUAUGAUAAAUGAAUUAAAUGAUAGUUUGCAUGCUUUAGAAGAUGAAAAAUCAUAUGUACUGGCAUCAUUUGGUAAAGUAGAAGAUGUAAAAAAUAGAGUUAAUGAAUUAGAAAAACAAAUAGAGCAAUACUUAAAUAACUGUGAACAGCUGCGAUGUAUGCAAGAUUUCUCAGACAUUGAAGAGCUUCCAGAGAUUCGUGAUAACAUCAUUUUUUGUGAAAACAUGGUUGAUACACUGCAAGAUGAACUUAGUGGACUUAGAGACAAACUUGGUGAACUUGAUCAAUUUGAUGGAAAUAGUGAUCCUGAGAAAAUGUUGCAAAAACGAAAGAAAAACUUACGUAAAAUUAUUGAAGAGCUUAUUACUACAGAAGAAAACUUUAUUUGUGAUAUUUCAUUUUUAACAGAUAAAAUAAAAGUAAAACUUGAAAAUGAGGAGGCAGUUAACGUUAAUGUUCUUUUUGGCAAUCUUGAUGAAAUUUUGGUUGUAUCUCAAAAAUUGCUGUUAGCAUUGAAAAAUGCGUGUUGUGAUAUUUCAGACCAAGUCUCAAAUAAAAUAGCCGCUUGCUUUCUGGCUUUAUCAAUGGAAAUGAAAGAAUGUUACGCAACAUAUUGUCAUAACUAUGAUGAUGUUCAAAAUUUGUUGGAAAAGUUUGAAGAAGAACCCGAUAUCCAGCAAAAAAUUUCUAAAGCGUUUUUAUUGGAGGGUAAUAAUUUUGGGUCAAUUAGUCUAUCAUCCAUGCUUAUUAAGCCAGUGCAGAGAGUAUUAAAAUACCCAUUAUUACUAAAUGAAUUGUUAAAGAAUUCUCUUGAUAGCGAAUCAAACUGUGACCUAAAAUUAGCAUUGAACACAAUGAAUGAUGUUGCUACUGCUAUAAAUGAAUUUAAAAGACGCAAGGAUUUAGUUUUAAAGUAUCGUGAGACAGUCCCCGGAAUCAGUAAGAAAGUCCAAAAGUUGAAUUGGCAUUCAGUUGCAAAGAAGUCAUCUCGUAUAAAUCAAAGAAUUACACAAUUUACAGGAUUAAAUUCACAUACAGUUGACCAAAAGUUCAUUUAUGAAGAAAAACGUUUUCGAACUAUUGAAAAAAUGAUUAAAUUAGUGUUGAAAAAUGUAAAUCAGUAUGUGGAAAUAUUCAAGGACAACUCUUUUUCUGAGCUUCAAUGUGCAGAAUCUUUGAGGCAGUUUCACGAUAGUCCUAAUCCGCCUGAUGAAAUUGUUAAGUACUAUGGUCGAAUAUACAUGAUAGCUGAACAAUAUUCAAGUCAAAUGGUUUCAUUCAUUUUGCAACACGUUCAAGAACCGCUUAACCAACUUUUACAGAUGUUUCACGGUCCAUUUCGUUUGAUUCAAAAGAGAAAUGAUAAAUGUCUUGAUUUUGAUAGAGCUGCAAAUAAAGCUGCUAGGGCUAGAGACACUAAGGAGAAAGAUAAAAUAAUGCAGACUCAGGAUGAACUAAAUGUGAUCAAAAAUGUAUACAUAGCACUCAAUACACAACUUCUUGAAGAACUGCCAAUUUUAAGUGAUAAAUGUUCGGUAUUUCUUCAAUACUGUUUAUCAUCUUUUGUUGAAGCUUAUAAUCGAUACUUUAGAAAAUGUUGUGUUCAAAUUAAUGAGGUGGCAAAGUUACCAUUUCUGAGUAAAGACACUGACACUGAUUUUUUUAUGAAAGCAUCAGAACAGCUUUCUAAUUUGAUGUUUACCCCAUCAUUAAAUGGAAAGGAGAACAGUAAAAAACCUUUUCUAUCAACAAACUUUAUGAAUGACCAUGAAGAUGUAAAUCACAACUCUGCAUUAUCAUCUGAUAAUGGUUUUAAUUGCAGUUCAUUCUCUGAUACCUCAACUUUAUAUGAUCCCAUUGAUCAAACAACAAGUCUAAAUUCCUUCUUAUAUGAAACUCAAACAACUGCAUCUGAAUCUAUUGCAGAAAAUACAAUUUGUAUCGUCAAGUAUGACUUUACAGCUGAAUGUGAUGCAGAAAUCACAGUUCAGGAAGGUACCUUAGUAAAUGUUUGUCGUAUGUGCGACAGUAAAGGUAACUCUGAUUGGUGGCUUGUUGAGCAGGGUGGUGUUAAAGGAUACAUACCACACACGUUCCUAAUUACGAAAUCUGCGAACGAAAAGCAUUUAAUAUGCCAAACUCAAUCUGAAAAUUUACGUAAUGAUCAACACGACGAAAAUGCGACUUUUAAAGUUGAAUAUAAUUUUCAAGCUAUAAACCCUGGUGAGUUAACAGUUAAUGAAGGACAAACAGUACGAGUACUUCGUAAACAUGACUCAAAAAGAAAUAAUGAGUGGUGGUUAGUUGAAUAUGAUGGAAAGCAAGGCUUUGUGCCACAAGAUUAUUUAAAAUCAAUAAAUAAACCCUGAAUAUAGAUAAGUUGAAAGAUUUUUGGAGAUUUAGGAUUUAUAUGAUAAACAAAAAGCUUUACUUUUAUAAAUUUUUUAAUGAUUUUAUAAAUCAAUAAAAAUAAUAUUUCAUUUAUGUUGCUAUAGUUAUCGUUGCUACGAUGAUAUUGCUAAUUCGAUUUAGUUCAAGAUAUCAAUAUUGAGUUUUUUUUUUAAAACAAAUUUUUCCAACGGUUUUGACUAUUGAUGACUUUAACUGGCAUUUUUUGUAGAUCACUUUAAAAUUUGAAUUGCAACUUUUUACCAUGAAAUACAUUUUAUAUUAAAGUUUUAUUAAAGUUAAACUACUUUAACUUCCUCACUACAAACCAGGUUCCUACUUAACAUUUAAACACUACAAACCAGGUUCCUACUUAACAUUUAAACACUACAAACCAGGUUCCUACUUAACAUUUAAACAAUACAAACCAGGUUCCUACUUAACAUAUUUAAAAUCACUUAACUUCUAUUCAUUCUUAGUUCUUAUAGCAUUUUAAAAAUCUUAAUAAUAAAAAAAUGUAUCAAUUAACAAUGCAAGCCUUCCGCGUCUUAUUCUCUUAAUUAUUAUUAUCUUUCGCGGGCUUUUUCACUUUUAAUUAUUAUGUAAAUAAAGAAUAUUUAGCGGAGAAGCUGAAAUUCUUUUUGCAUAAGUCGGACUAAAAUUUUAUAAAGAUCAGUUCUCGUAUUAAAUCUGCCGUAUUUUCAACACAUAUAAAAUUUUUAUUUUUACAAAAACACUGGUCUGUAUAAGUUUUCUUUCUCAGCUGCGCACAGAAAAUCCUCAUUAGAUAUCAACUCUUAUUACUUUUUUAUUAUAAUUAUUAUUGUUAACAUUAUUAUAUUAUUUUAAUGCAUUUUUAAUUUAAUAUUUUUUAUUAAUGUUUAUAAUUAUUAUAUUUUUUAAUAUUAAUAUCUUGGCAAUAACAUGCUUCCAUCAUAUUUUCAGCGACAUUUUUUUUUAAAUUAACCAGAGAUACUUAACAAGACAUUGCAUCAACAAUUUUUACAUUCCGUCAACAACACUUAAAAAAUUGGACUACUUAAUUACUAGUCGGGGUCACGCGUCUGUGGAACUUCAUGAUUAAUGACAUAAAAUCUAUAACCACAAUUAAAGCAUUUUUAAAAAUUUGAAACAAUAUUUGUUAAAUCUCACUAAUAAAAACAUUUUUUUUUUUGUAUUUUUAACUCGUUUUGUUACGUUUUUACUAAUAUGUAUGUGUAUGUUUAACUCUUAGAUAUGUAAGAACUAAUUUUAUACUUAAAUAUAUGAUGAGUUUAAACGUGUAAAUAAAGUAAACUAUUUCGUUACCAAAGGAGGUGAUAAGAUGUCUUCUGCUUGCUCCUGUCAGAAUUUAAAGAAUAUAUUUUAUUUUUUAAAAGUACAUUGUAAAAUUAUUCGUUCAUUGAUGAAUUAUAUAUAUACAUAUACAUCUGAAAAUAUUGUUAUUCCUUUUCAUUUAUUUUUAAUUUUAAGUUUUUUUGUUGUUGUUUUUUGUUUAUUUGUUGUUUUCAAGGUUUCUGCUUUAAAUCAUGUUUCUUUACAAAAAUAUAAUAUCUUUACUAUAUUGUGCACAGUAUUUUUUGUGUAAAAUAUGUUAUGAUAGAUU